ACCUUCUACUUUCGUUCCCCGCUCUACUAUAUCGGUUGGGACCGGGGUGCCAACCGCUCUCGUAUUGUGCUCAGUGAAGGACGAUAUUUGGGGAGUUCUUCAGGCAAUCGACACCGACAAGACAUGCGCAGUGGAGCUGUUGGAGCUCCUUGAGUUUUAUCGGUUGCAAACUGAGAUUAAGAUCCGCAGCAUUUCAGCCGCUUCCAUUGACGCGGUAGAAGCAACGACGAUGUUCUUCGACCAGCAAGCUGGCUGCGUUCAGAACGUGUACAACGUGGUGCUGGGUAAUCAAUCCAUUCGAACGAAUCGUCAGCUGCAGCUAGUGCUUAACUUGAUUCGAAGCACCUGCUUCGACACGCAGGAUAGCGCUAGCUUCCACGCCGUAGAUCACGUCAGCUACACCAUAAACGGCUUCUAGCUGUCUACCAAAGCCGUGACAUUAGCCUG